AUGAAUACAAAAGAAAAUUUAAGUAAAUUUUUAUUUGUCUCUAAUCGUAGUCAAUUGGAUGAUUUCAUUCUACUGAAACCAGAUAUUGGAUUUUACAUUGGAAAAACAAACAUUGAUGAUCUCACAAAAACGGCAAUUUUGGAAAAUCACUGGUAUCCAUCCGCAGAUUAUGUUUUUCCACAUUCUGAACAUAAUCGUAAUAAUAAACUCAGGAAGCGAUAUCCAUCAUUUAAACAUUUAAAACCAUAUAACUGGUUAGUUUUGUCAGAUCUAUGUCAAGGUUUAUUUUGCAAAUAUUGUUUCAUGUUUGCACCUUCUACUUCAUCUAAUAAUCAAUUAAAUACACUUGUGAAAAAACCAUUGAUAACAUUUGCAAAAUUAGAUUGUCAAAAUGGUACACUUAAUAUGCAUGCCAGAAAUAAAUAUCAUCAUAAUGCUGUUGAUUCUGGAAAAAUCUUUCUACGAACUUACUUAUGUCCAGGAAAAGACAUUAUUUAUCAAGUUUGUUCACAAAGAGUUCAACAAAUCAAAGACAAUCGUGAAAGGUUACGCCCAAUUAUAGAGUCAUUAAUAUUUUGUGGUAGGCAGACUAUAGCUCUGAGAGGUCAUAGAGAUGAUGGUUCAAUAAUAGAUAUCGACAGAGAUGAUAAUAAUGCAUCUAUUACAUCAAAUGAAGGAAAUUUCAGAGAAUUACUUCGAUUACGAAUACGUUCAGGCGAUUAA